GCCGCGCACCCGCCCGCACACCCGCGCGCCGCCGCGUACGCCACAUCGCGUAAACAAUAAUAAAAACACGCCACAAUGUACCCUCGCCACUUAUGAUAAACCGGCCGCGUGGUAACGACAUUUUGGUGUAUUUAGUUCGCAUUUUGAUGUAUUAAUUUUAAUCGUGGAUAGUGUUUGUGUAACACCAGUUAAUAAACGUGUCUUUUUAGUGCCAUUUUUUCUACAACAUAGUUUUAGAUACGAUAUCUUGCCAGUACAAAGUUUAAUAUUCCAUUGCCUUCUCGCCUCUAAAUAGUUGAUAGGAAAGCUUCGUGUAAAGAGUUAGGCGCGCUAGUUAGAUUUUAGAAGACAUAAGUGUACAUAUAUUUCGAACGAUAGUUUUAUAAUAACAUUACAGAUGUCUUUGCUUUGUGGAGCGACUCCUCUCUGUUUUCCAGAACCGGGCGGCACCCUUAUGUCAGAGCCGCUUUUGAGUUUAUAUAAAUCACCCAUGUCAGGUUGUGCAUUCCUGACAUAUUUUAAUCCCGAAAGUGCAUCAAAUGCACAAACCGCACUCCAUGAAAAAAGGACGUUGCCUGGGAUGAACCGGGCAAUACAGGUGAAACCAGCGGACAGCGAAAAUAGAGGAGAUCGGAAGCUGUUCGUUGGCAUGCUCAGCAAACAACAAACUGAGGAGGAUGUGCGUCAAUUGUUCACGCCGUUCGGUACAAUAGAAGAGUGUUCGAUACUUCGUGGCCCGGACGGUGCGAGUAAAGGUUGUGCGUUCGUAAAGUUCAGUUCACACCAGGAAGCGCAAGCAGCCAUCACAAGUCUGCACGGCAGUCAAACUAUGCCUGGCGCGUCUUCGAGCCUUGUUGUUAAAUUCGCAGACACGGAGAAGGAACGUCAAUUGCGUCGAAUGCAGCAGAUGGCCGGCAACAUGAGCCUCUUAAACCCGUUCGUUUUCAAUCAGUUCGGGGCGUACGGGACCUACGCUCAGGUCAUCACUGAGCAAGUUGACUUACAACAACAAGCAGCGCUGAUGGUAGCAGCGACUGCUCAGGGCUAUAUUAGUCCAAUGACAGCUCUCGCGUCACACGCGCUUAACGGCAUGGCCAACUCAGUUGUGCCCCCAACUUCGGAUAACUUUUCCGGUUUGGCGAUAGGCACUGGCGGCGGACAGCCACUGAACGGCGCUCUGCCGUCGUUGCCAUCGCCUACGAUGCCAGGGUUCAACAUGGCCGCCCAGACCGCUAACGGCCAGCCGCCACCGCAAGAAGCUGUAUACACUAACGGCAUCCAUCAAACAUUCACUGGUCCUGUCCCCGUCACAGCGCAGGGCAUACCCAACGGGGAGGCAGCGCUGCAACACGCGGCGUACCCUGGCAUGCAGCCCUUCCCCGGCGUCGCUUACCCAGCGGUUUAUGGACAGUUUCCGCAGCCCAUACCAGCGCCGAUGUCUACCAUUGCGCCUGCGCAGAGAGAAGAUUUUCUCGUAUUUCCAGGCUGCUCAAUUUCGGGGCCGGAAGGCUGCAACCUCUUCAUAUAUCAUUUACCACAGGAGUUCGGCGACACUGAACUGAUGCAAAUGUUUCUCCCGUUCGGGAAUGUGAUAAGCAGCAAGGUCUUCAUUGAUCGUGCCACUAACCAAAGCAAAUGUUUCGGCUUUGUAUCUUUCGAUAACCCGUCGUCAGCCCAAGCGGCCAUCCAGGCGAUGAACGGCUUUCAAAUUGGCAUGAAGCGGCUAAAGGUUCAGCUGAAACGGCCAAAGGAUGCCAACCGGCCUUAUUAACCCAUGAUGCCGUCCCCGCGCGCACCCGCAAUGCCCAGGAAGGCUCCCGGCAGGUCUCGUACGCCCGCGGCACGCACAUUUGCGUAUUAUCAAAGAUUCUAAGGAAUUAAAUAAACAUUAAUUGUAUAGUAAAUAUCAUUAACUACAUUACUUACUUAAAGAAAUAUGCAAGCCCACGCGGCAUGUAUACCGUAUUAGUUAAUGUAAUUUAUUGAUCAGCGUGUAGGCAAGCUUCAUUCUUAUCAUUAUCGAUUAAUCAUUAAAUUACUCUAUUAUAUUAUUAUAUAUACAAUUUAUUAACUUUGAUUAAAUUAUUAUUAUUAUUAAAUGACACGUUAUAAAAAUUUUGUCAUUCGUAAUCAUACUUCUACUUCUAAGUACUUAAUGUUUAAAUGAAAACUUUUAACAUAAAUUUAUUAUACUAGUUAUUUGCUUGAAUUAAGCCAAACUGAAUUUAUUAAGUAAGUUGAGGAUAAGAAAAAUGUAUUUUAAUUAUUGUAUAUUGCAUAAAUUGUAACGCCGAGGUGUGACGCGCGUCUUUGUCUGUUUUGUUGUUUCGUUUAUAGUGUAGAUGGCGCUGAUAGUCUUUGGCGCGAGUCGUUCUACAAAGAUGGCGUCCACGCUCGGCACUCGCGGACACUGUUGCCUCCCCACCGUACGAUCACAGAUAAAAUAUAAGUGCUGCGGUAUAUAUCACUAUCGGAGUAUUGUCCUAUAUUUUGUUAAAUUUUAUCGGUGUGUGUGUCAGAUAAGCUAUUACGCUGAGCUGUACCUUUUUGAAGAGUUGUAAAUUCUUAAAGCUAAAUUUGAUUUUUAAUCUGAAAUCGAAUUGCUUGAAAGAUGUGUGAAAUGUGAUUGACGUUCCAUACUAAACUAUAAAACAUUCCCCAUUGCUUUCAAGCGAUUAUAUGAUUUAAUAGUUAAAAUAAAUUGUAUAUAGCAUAUGAGAUUUUGAUAUUUUACGUUAUCCAAUCCCAAGGGAAACUUUCUCAAUGGUCAGCUCAGCACCCCACCUACAUGUUAGUAAAAUUAAAUAAACACAAAGUUGAUGACAUUAAAUUGAAUGUUCAUAUAACGCCGUGUACAAAGCGAAGUGCACUUCAACAUUACCGACUACUUAAGAUCUUCAUUUUGAAAUAUUCUGUUUCGUUUGUUGUAAAUUCCAAAAUGGGCUGUGAUAUAAAAAUAUAAUAUCAAAAUAAUGGAUUGUACAGGCCGUCUAUGCAUAUUAAUUGUCACGCUCUACAAUACUGCCCGCAUACUGAUAUAUAAAUAUAAAUUUCAUAGAGUGGUGCUUCGAUUCUUUCGUUUGCUGUAAAUCUUACAACUGUAAUAUUGGUUACUAAUAUUAACUCAUUAUUAAGGUAAGACAUUUUAUUCUUUAAAGUCUUCUAAAUAAAUGUUAAGAGUAUUAUUAAAACUGACUACAAUUAAACGUAAUCGUUCUGCCGAUCUGUUACUAAAUUUUAAAUCUUGGAUAACAUUUUGAAUCAGAAGAGAUUCAUAAUGAUAACAGAAGCAUUGUUACAGGUUAUAAGAUAAAAAGUUAACAAGGCAAAUAUCAUGCCACUAUGGUACGUAUAGACAAUAAUUUCAACUGUUUAGAAUAGAAAUUGGCGCGUCGGAAUUCGUUACCGAUUAUACCUAGAAGAGUUGUAGAUAGUCUUCAAUGUUUUAGUCAAAAUACAUUAUAUUUGGGGACGGUUCUCGCACGUGCCAAACUCUAUAAAAAGUUAAAUAUUGCCCCCCACAUAAAUCAAACGCCUUGAAUUUAUACAUAAUAUAUAGUAGGAAAUUGUACAGAUAUAAUAUAUAUAAUGUGUGUGCGGGCGGUCAUUCGCAGAAAUGCGAUGUCAAUUCAAAAAGCGUGCGUCCCCAUAUAUUAUUUCGUGUGUGUGUCUAUAUAUUAACAUAUAUAAUCUAUACAUGUUAGGGUGUUAAAGCAGUGAAAUACGUCCGGGGAGUCGACAGUGAGGGUGCGAUACAGAUAACAAAAAUACUAGCGUAAUUUCUACAGAAAAAAACAUAGAUUCAUAAUCAAAACGUACCAAUAUAAAAUUAUAAUAAUAUGAGAUACCUUAGAUGUUAAUGCGUGCGCGCGGGCGGGUUCUGUACCCCGGUGUGCCGUUGUUUAAACAACAGCUUUAAAAACAUCGGUCAAAAAUGUAUGUGCCAUUUACCACCUUACUAAAUGCAUAUUAAGCGUAGAUUGGCGUAAACGUUUUUGGCAUAAAUAAUUCUAUUUUUAUAAAGAGUGUCUUGGAGCAUAAAUAUUUUUGACGUGAAGUAAAGGAAGGGCUAUUGAAAUUGCGUUUAUCUUUUCCUCACGCCAAAAUCACUUUUCAUGGCUUCAUAUUGUUAGCACACUAUUUAUAAAAAUAUAGAUGAGCAACCUUUAACCUCGACGUUUGGAAUGAAAUGCAGACAUAAUUAUGAAUUUUCUCGAAUUAGUCUUCGGUAUAAUGUAGUUAUCGGUACCAAAAAUAAAUUGUAAUCGAAAACAUUUAAAAUUUUUCGUUGUAGAUUUUUUUUUUAUUUAACAAAAGUCACAGCUAAAAAUCUCCGUCCGCUAAAAAACAUGAUCCGAACAAAAGUGAAUGUUCCCGCAGUUAAUUAGACGAAUUAUUUCUAUAUUUUAUUACCAAACGUAAACGAGAUAUCGAAGGAAGAGUAACCGCACACAGAUUUUUUUUUUGUCCCACGUAGGUUCAUGUGUUUUUAUUAAUAAGGGGCGCAGAUGUCUCUGGUUAACUAACUUGUGCACAGGAAUGACGAGCGAAGACAACUACAAUUAUUUUGUUCUAAGUCACUAUUUUGGAAUUUUUAGUGUAAUUCCAAACGAGGUCGAUCGAAUGUCUAGCAAAUUUCUGUGUGCAGGUAUUGUUAAAAAUGUCUGCUUACCUCGUGCGGUAGCAAUUGCCGCCGCCCGCCUCUAGUCAAAUAUUACUCUCACCACAAGACAUAGAAUUUUAUAUUUACACAAAAUAAUUAUAUUAUAUUGAUAUAGUAUUCUAGUUUUAGGCGUUUAAUUUAUUAAUAAGCCGUGUAAGUUGAAACGAUAAUUGAAAAUUGUAUUGGUAUCGUUUAAAUCGUAGGUAUCUAGUUAUUUUAUCUCUAUCUCAUGUUCGUGCAAUAUUGUUAAGCUUUUUGAAUUGUUUUAGUUCUUUUUUUUUUAAUUCAUAUAAUUAAUUAUGUUAACUAUUUAAAUUAUUCGUGACAUGGUCUCGUUACAGAGGAGGCGGCCUCUUCUAUAAUAAGCCUCUAAUAAAGUCGCUUCACAGUCAACGCGACAUAUUAUACUCGUAUUGUUUGAUUCAUGUAUACGUGAUAUAACGUUGCAUCGAAACGGGAUCAGCGCGAAUAGAUCAAUAAUUGUAUUAUGUUACGGAUAGGCCAGUUCGGGUCGAAGGUGCAGCGCUGACUGCGGAGGGCGGCGGCAGGCGUAGCUGCUCCUGCGUCUUGCCGCUUGCUGGUAGAUUACUGACUAAAUCGAUGCCAAAGCGGAAAACGUAUUUACUAAAUAUAUAUCGAUUGCCGAUUUUAUCACCUCGUGGGUAAAGUAGAAGUAACACGCUCGAUAACUCGACGCGCACCGCGGCGAAGUUCAACUAAUAAUAUUGUACUUAUGUAUCUUUAUACUGAUUAAAAAUUAAAACUUCCCUUGUAAUAUUGCAACAUAGCAAUCGUUUCUACUAGAUUAAAUGACCUCUCUGAAUGUAUAAAACGAUCGCCCACAAAGUGAUUCUAGGAUACAGGGUAAGCUUUGCAAUUAUUUAAAUGUAUCUAAAUGUUUUUCAUGUAGGCAGGUUUUGCCGAACUUUCUCAGUUCGUUCCUCGUUCACUGACUUCGGCCUAAACAACUUGACCGAUACUUACCUUUGGUCGGUACCGCCGAUGUGAAAAGUCAGAGGACGACGGUACGGAGAGUAGUCGCACAUCGGCCUCCCGGCGGCGGCGCCCGCGCCGAUUCACUCUCGGGUCCACUGUAGUCUGUCGCGAAUCUUUUAUACUCUUUCGACACUAUCGUAGCGUAACCAAUACUAUAUCAUGUCAUUCGCGACUUAAAUAAACUAGCUUCGCCUUUUAUUUUACACUAGACCCGCACAUUCAUCUUCUUCAUCUAUAAUUCUUGUAUAUCGACGUAUCCUCAUUCACUUGUCACCUCGGUAGCGACUAUUUCUAUUGAAACAUUUUUAUCAUUACGUAACAACUUAUAAAA